AUGAAGAAAACUGUGGCCAUUCUAGUUUUGCUGCAACUACUCAGUUCAGUAUACACAGAGUCCUGCAAUGAGGACAUUUGCGCUUCGGUGGUGUCCAAGUGCAUUCUAACACAAAGCUGUAAAUGUGAGGUCAAGGAUGCAGCCUGCUAUCAAAGCUGCAUUAUGUGCAUGGGCAAGAAAUAUUUUGAAGAAUGCUGCGCCUGUGUCGAUUUAUGCCCUGCGAAGAAGGCAUCCUCCUUAUCACAGAAAUCACAUGUCGAGGAUUUUGAGGGAGUUCCAGAGUUAUUCGAUGUUUUGGUCUCUUCACCCACCGAUGAUUUGGAAUACAAUUGGAAUAUUUUUACCUUUCCCGUAGACUAUGAAGCUAAAACAUCUUCAUCAGAAAAACAUUCGCAGCUCGACACUGAGCUCAACUGUACAGUUGUCUACAUGGACAGUUGCAUAUCAUGGAAUAAAUGUCGACAAACUUGUAGAAGCACUGGAGCCAGCAGCUACAGAUGGUUCCAUGAUGGCUGUUGUGAAUGUGUGGGAUCAACUUGCCUCAACUAUGGAGUAAAUGAAAGUCGUUGCAAACAUUGUCCCGAACUCGAAGAUGAGCCGGAGGAAGGUGAAGACGAUAUGUAUGAGGGAUUUGAUGAUAAUCUUGUGGAUAAUUCCAUAUAG